AUGCGUGCCUGGAAGGCGGUGGCCAGCACGCUGGCAUUCAGCGGGGCCGAUGUGGUGGUGACCACGCUGCUCUACGCCCACGGCCGGGGUGGCCGGGAUGUCCUGCAGGACCUGAAGCACUUCAACAUCUUCAACUCACUGCUGGACAUCUGGGGGGGCUGCCUGUACCGCAGCUGUGUGCUGCUGGGGGCCGCCAUCAGGGUGGCCACCAACACGGCCUAUGGCCCCCGGCGCCUCAGGGCAUCGCGGACCUUCAUCGCCGUCGUCUGCCUCCUCAUGGGCAUCUACAUGAUGGUGAAGCUGCUGCUCUACUCGGAGGUGCGGAGGACCAUCAGGGACCCCUGGUUCUGGGGGCUCUUUGCCUGGACCUACGUGGCACUGGUGGCCACCUUCGGGCUGUGGCAGCUGCUGGCCUGUGUCACCUCCUCCCGUGAGGCGCUGGGGCCCAGCUCUGAGUCCCGUGCCGAGGUGGAGGAGAGCUGCGACGGGGGCACCCCACGGGACAAGCGGGAGGAGGCAGCAGGUCCCACCAUCCAUAAACUGCUGUCCUACACCAAGCCGGAUGCCUUCUUCCUGGGCAUCGCCUCCUUCUUCCUCCUCGUGGCUGCGCUGGGAGAGACCUUCCUGCCCUACUACACGGGGCUGGCCAUCGACGGCAUCGUGGUACAGAAGAGCAUGGACCGCUUCUCCACAGCAGUGCUGGUCAUGUCACUGCUCGCCAUAGGAAGCUCAUUUGCCGCAGGUAUCCGGGGCGGCGUUUUUACGCUCAUAUUUGCAAGACUGAACAUUCGCCUUCGCAACUGCCUCUUCAGGUCGCUGGUGUCUCAGGAGAUGAGUUUCUUUGAUGAGAAUCGCACAGGGGAUGUCAUCUCCCGCCUGACGUCGGACACAACCAUCGUGAGCGACCUGGUCUCCCAGAACAUCAAUAUCUUCCUGCGCAACGUGGUGAAGGCCACGGGGGUGAUCUUCUUCAUGUUCAGCCUCUCCUGGAAGCUCUCGCUCGUCACCUUCAUGGGCUUCCCCAUCAUCAUGCUGGUGUCUGAUGUCUAUGGGAAGUACUACAAGAAGCUUUCCAAGGAUGUGCAGAAUGCCCUGGCCAAGGCCAACAACACUGCCGAGGAGACCAUCUCCGCCAUGAAGACUGUCCGCAGUUUUGCCAACGAGGAGGUAGAGGCAAACGUAUACUGGCAGAAGCUGCAGCAGGUGUACAAACUCAACAAGCGGGAGGCCAUGGCUUACACCUACUACAUCUGGUCAAGCGGGCUGACCCUCCUGGUGGUCCAGGUCAGCAUCCUUUACUAUGGUGGGCACCUUGUGAUCUCAGGGCAAAUGACAAGUGGAAACCUGAUAUCCUUCAUCAUUUACGAGUUCGUCUUAGGAGACUGCAUGGAGUCCAUCGGCUCUGUCUACAGCGGCCUGAUGCAGGGAGUGGGAGCUGCCGAGAAGGUGUUUGAGUUCAUCGACCGCAAGCCAACGAUGGUGAAUGAUGGGUCCCUGGCCCCAGACCAUGUGGAUGGGAAGGUGGAGUUCAGAAAUGUGACGUUUUCCUACCGCACUCGCUCUGCAACACAGGUCCUCCAGAAUGUGUCCUUCACCCUGCACCCCGGCAAAGUGACGGCGCUGGUGGGUCCUUCGGGGAGCGGGAAGAGCUCCUGUGUCAACAUCCUGGAGAAUUUCUACCCUCUGGAAGACGGGCAGGUGCUGCUGGACGGGCGUCCCAUUAAUAUGUACGAUCACAAGUACCUGCACUCAGUGAUCUCCCUGGUGAGCCAAGAGCCGGUGCUGUUCGCCCGCUCUAUUGCAGAUAAUAUUUCUUACGGCUUACCCUCAGCCUCCUUUGAGUCGGUUGUUCAGGCUGCCCAGAAGGCCAACGCGCACGCCUUUAUCACGGAGUUACAAGAUGGCUACCACACAGAGGCAGGUGAAAAAGGAGCCCAGCUGUCAGGUGGCCAGAAGCAGAGAGUGGCAAUUGCCAGGGCCUUGAUCCGAACCCCUCCCAUCCUAAUCCUGGAUGAAGCCACGAGCGCGCUGGAUGCAGAGAGCGAACAUGCGAUUCAGCAGGCGAUUUAUGGCGACUUGCGGAACCACACGGUGCUUGUCAUAGCUCACAGGCUGAGCACUGUCGAGAAGGCACACAACAUCAUUGUGCUGGACAAGGGCCGCGUGGUGCAGCAGGGCUCGCACAAGGAGCUGAUGGAAGAAGGAGGCCUUUAUUCCAAGCUGGUGCAGAGACAGAUCCUGGGGCCGGAGGGGAGCGGCGCGGACAGUCACCAACCUGCAGCCCGAGGGGAUGCAGUGAAGGCGCCUGGCGGGUUGGAGGAAGAGUUCAGGAUAGACCAUUCCCUGCCGGCCGUGGCACAGGACGAUUACAACAACACGGCUCACAAGUGA